AUGUUUCUUAAACAUUCUAUUAAUCCNGUUUUAAAAAAUAAAACUUAAAUACAUAAAUAUUAAUUAAGUUAAAAUAAAUAAAAUCCAAUAUUUGUAUAUGAUUGUAUUCCAAUUAUAUAAAAUAAAGAAUUACUAAUUGCUGUUUCAACUAAUUAAUAAUCAAUAAUAAUAUUGAAAAAUUAAGUUUAAUAAUAAACUGUAAAUCUUAGUUUUAGUCCUACAACUAUUUUUUCAUAUUCUAGUACUGAAUUAAGCCCAUUAAUAGCAUUUAAUAAAAAUAGAUUUGCACUUAUUACAAAUAAAGAAAUUUGUAAAUUUAAUUUUACAGAUAUAACUAAUUAUUACUUUCAAAAAUAUUGUUAUUUAAGUACAAAUGAAUAAAUUAUUAUUAUUGAUUUUGAUUAUUUAAAAUAAUGA